GUAAGGAAAAUCAUGAUCUAGGCACUAAAAGCCCUUGAAGUUAUACCGCAAAAGAGCUUGAUAGUAUGUCGAUGCAAUAUUUUCAUUAUCUGAAAUAUUAUUGCAUAUGCAAACCUUCUGUGAAUAUUUAAGUGUGCUAAGCGAGGCGCACCUGACCGAUUCCACUGUGUUGCUGCCGGGGAGGGCACUCGCCUGGAGCGGAGGGCUGCGUAGACUGGAGACUGCAGGGCAGUGAAGUGUUGUGUUGAAGUCACCACAGUCAUGGCGAUACCAUGUCAGCUUUAUCACGGCAGGCCGUAUGUGGACUUGACGAAGGCACUGGGAUACAUCAGCCAUGACUGUUGCAAGGACACACUGGCCCAUCUGGGAAAACAAGGUCCAAGUGAUCAAAACAAAGAAAUUGAAACAAACCAAUUUUCCCAAAACACCUCAGUGACUGGUCUAAAAAUCCAAGAUGUCAGGAGCAUUUCUGUUUUUUCAUCCAGUGAAGAUGAUACAUGUCAAUUUUUAGACAGUGGGAAAGAUUUGUUGGGAAACAGUAACCAUGCCACAACAAAGAUAAUCACAGAAGAGGAAAAAGAAACCUUAAACCAAAAUGAGAAAGUGGAAGCUGAUCAAACAAUAGACAGUUCUGUUGAAAGCAAUGUGCAUGUAAUCUUACCUGAUGUGGACAAUUCUUACAGUAAAGACAUUGAAAGUGACAAUCCAAAGAAAAAAGGAGAAUUGCUAUCAAAAGCAUUUGACUGCAAAAUCGGUGAAGCUGUUUUUUCAAAUGUUGAGCAACAAAAUACAAUAUCAAGUCAGACUGAAAAAAAUGUUGUAAUGGAAGAUCAUGAAGCAUUUCUAGAAGAAUCCUCCACUUUGCAAAACCAACAAAAAAUUCACAUUUCUGAAAAAAGGGACAGAAAUGAAUCUCCUUUAGGUGGAGAACAUGACACUUUACCAUUAGCAGGAAUUGAUGCCCGUGAGAAUGAUUCCAAGGUGUCAGAGACCUCCUUAGAACUUGAUGAAGAACUGGUGCAUUCACUCACCAAGGAGUAUGGGUUGAAUAUCAGCCCCAUAUAUGAUAACACAACCCAAGAUCUUGCCCUGGAGGCUUUUUUAUUGUUACUGUUCACAUGCACAGAUGAAAAGACACUGCCAUUUGAACAGAGGGAUAUAUACAGGCAGGUGGUAUGUGAAAUGUGUCAGGUGUACGCUCAGUAUGUGGCCACUGCCCAGGAUACCUAUUGCUCUUCAGGGCUACAAAUUCCUGUGGGGUACAGUGCAAAGGCUUGCAAAUCCCCACCUCCAGCCCCCGAGAAACCUCGACCAAAGCUUGCUGUAAAGCUUAAACCUAAGGGACUAACCAAAUCUGGAAAACGGAGAGGUAGACCGCCUAAAGUGAAGAAUCAGGAAACUACAAAAAGCAGGCAAAUAGGACUUUAUGAUUUUGAGACAACACAGGCAGAUGUUCGACCAACAAGGAAUUCUGUUAGAAGGCACUCAUCACCGGCAUUAAAGACACCAGUUAAUCAAAUAGAAAAGGAAGACAUUAUCUUGGAAACAGCUCCAUCUAGUGGUGAAGAAAAUGAGCAGUGGGCAACAAAAGAUGAUGACUGUGAUGAUGCUAAAGAUCCAGAUUACAAACCAAAGAAGAAAUAUGUUCCCAAGCAGAAACAGAAAGACACAGAUGACCUUUUCCUUGGAAAAGAGUUAAUUUUUACCUGUACAUCAUGUGGAAAAGUCUUUGGGAAAAGAGAGACACUUAUGCGCCAUCGUAGAGUUCUAUGCCUUGUAAAACCCAGCAAAGCUGCUGGCCCUUUAGCAUGUGACGUAUGUGGCAAAAUAUUUCCACGUAAGAAAAAUCUUCAGAAACAUAGAAGACGCCAUUUUGGAAAAAAGCAGUACAAAUGUCGACGCUGUGAUACACAGUUUCAAUCCUGGGAUGAACUCGUUGAGCACAGAGGAUCGCAUGGCAAAAGGCUAUUCAAGUGUUCCCUCUGCGAUAAACUUCUUGCAAGCAAACACAGUUUGGAAGUUCAUGAGCGCACACAUACUGACGAGCGGCCAUUUCGUUGUGAACAAUGUGGCAAAUCUUACAGACAACAGAGUAGCUUGCUAUCACAUGUGUUGUCACAUACAGGAGUUAAGAACUUUAUAUGUGAGAUUUGUGGGAAGAUGUUUGCCGAUGGGGUGUCAUUGAAACAGCACAGUGUAAUUCAUAGGGAGAAAAAGCCUUUUCAGUGUAAAGAAUGCGGCAAGGGAUUUAAUAACUCCUCCAACAUGCAGAAGCACAUGUGGCACCAUACGGGUGAGAAACCUCACAAAUGUGAAAUAUGCAACUUGGGAUUCCUGAAACUCGAUCGUCUUAAUGCCCACAUGUGCAGUCACACGGGUGAAAUGCCUUACACCUGUGCUACCUGUGGCAAACAAUUCGCCCACAUCCGUUAUCUAAAACGCCAUGAGCUGACUCACACCGAUGUCCGGCCCUACCAGUGCACCAUUUGUGAAAAAGCCUUCAGGCGUGAACAUCAUUUAAAAGUGCACAUGCGUCGUCACAAUGGUAUACGACCCUAUGCAUGUAGUCACUGCAACCGUAGGUUCACUGAAAAACAUGACUGUAACCGCCAUGAAUUGCUUCACCUGGGGAUCAAGCCUUACCAGUGUGUUGUCUGCCAGAAACAGUUCUCUGAAGUGAGAAUACUCCGAAAACAUAUCAAGGCAACUCAUGGCGAUGCUUAUGCCAACUCUACAGAGAUCAUGUUUCAAAACGUUGCACAGACUGGUACUGCUAACGCAAACACAGCAGCAACUUCAUUACAGGCAGUUCCAGAUGGAUCCCCUAGCACAGCAAUGCUGAGUAAUAUUCCCCAAGCGACCUUGACUUCUGAAGAAUUGGGUCAAGGUCAAGGUCUGCAUGAGGGGAGGAUGGUACCUUCAAGUACCACAGUGCCACUGUCAAUGCUGUUCCCUGUAUCCCAGGGGAGUGGGGAGGAGGCAGCGGCUAAUAGUGGGAAGGUGUUUCAGUGCCAGGGGUGUCUGCUAGGAUUUGAGACAAUGAGCGAUUUGACAUAUCACACACAGCUUUGCCCCAAGAUACAGGUUUUAUCUGCCAUGCAAGGCGUGAAUUAUGUAACCUGGUAGUUUAUUGUAGUUAAUUGGUCUUUUUGAUCAGUUUCUUUUUUUUUUUUAGAUUUUAAAGGAAUCGAUAACUAAUUUUAAUGAAAAAAAAUGACCAAACGCUUUAUUGGCUUAAGACAUAAAUGAUACUUAGACCAAGUGCAGAUAAACCUAUUUUACUAGCUGGAUCAAUUCAACUCUGUGUCGAUUCUCAUUGAAGUGCAUUCAGUGAAAUAAGCU